GCAUCGCCAGCCGAGCGCCGAGUGCGCCCUGGCCGCGGCGUCGGCGUCGGCGGCCCAGCCCGGCGCGUCCGCUCCCUCCGGCGGUCAUGGGGCGGCCGCGCAGAGCCGCAGGCGCGGCGCGGCGCGUGGCGCGUGGCCCGGGCUAGCGGCGGCGGAGCGAGGCGCUGCGGCGGAGGCGGCCGGUCGCGGGCAGCGGGGCAGCCGCGGCCGCCUGGCAUGCUCACCGUCCUGCCUUGAACGUCACUGUUAACCCAGGACACCAAAAGGUCAUGAAACGUGUGCGCACGGAGCAGCUCCAGACGGCAGUGUCCUGCUACCUCAAACGCCGGCAGUACGUGGACUCCGAUGGCCCCCUGAAGCAGGGCCUGCGGCUGUCACAGAGUGCAGAGGAGAUGGCGGCCAACCUCUCAGUCCAGUCGGAAUCUGGUUGUGCCAACAUAGUGUCUGCAGCCCCCUGCCAGGCAGAGCCCCAGCAGUACGAAGUGCAGUUUGGACGACUGCGCAAUUUUCUCACUGAUUCCGACUCCCAGCAUAGCCACGAGGUGAUGCCCCUCCUCUACCCCCUCUUCGUCUACCUCCACCUCAACCUGGUCCAGAACAGCCCCAAGAGCACGGUGGAGAGUUUCUACAGCCGCUUCCACGGCAUGUUCCUGCAGAACGCGGGCCAGAAGGACGUCGUCGAGCAGCUGCAGACCACGCAGACGGUGCAGGACAUCCUGUCCAACUUCAGGCUCCGCGCCUUCCUGGACAACAAGUACGUGGUGCGCCUGCAGGAGGACAGCUACAACUACCUGGUGCGCUAUCUGCAGAGCGACAACAACACGGCCCUCUGCAGGGUGCUGGCCGUGCACAUCCACCUGGACGUGCAGCCUGCCAAGCGGACAGACUACCAGCUCUACGCCAGCAGCGGCUCCCGCGGCGAGAGCGGCGGCCUGGAGCCCCCCGACGUGCCCAGCCCGCUGCUGCAGAACGAGGCGGCCCUGGAGGUCCUGCAGGACAGCAUCAAGCGCGUGAAGGACGGGCCUCCCUCCCUCACCACCAUCUGCUUCUACGCCUUCUACAACACGGAGCAGCUGCUCAACACGGCGGAGGUCUCGCCCGACAGCAGGCUGCUGGCCGCCGGCUUUGACAACUCCUGCGUCAAGCUCUGGAGCCUGCGGUCCAAGAGGCUGCGGUCGGAGCCCCACCAGGUGGACACGUCGCGCAUCCGCCUGGCUUGCGACACUCUGGAGGAGGAGGAUGCCGAGGACGACAGCGCGGGCACAGAGAUGAAGACGCUGCGGGGACACUGUGGACCCGUGUACAGCACGCGGUUCCUCGCGGACGGCUCAGGGCUGCUCUCCUGCUCUGAAGACAUGUCCAUCCGGUACUGGGACCUGGGCAGUUUCAGCAACACCGUGUUGUACCAGGGGCAUGCCUACCCUGUGUGGGACCUGGACGUCAGCCCGUACAGCCUCUACUUUGCCAGCGGGUCCCACGACCGCACCGCCAGGCUGUGGUCGCUGGACCGGACGUACCCACUGAGGAUAUACGCGGGUCACCUGGCAGACGUGGACUGCGUCAAGUUCCACCCGAAUUCUAACUACCUGGCCACGGGCUCGACCGACAAGACUGUGCGGCUGUGGAGUGCCCAGCAGGGCAACUCGGUGCGGCUCUUCACGGGCCACCGCGGCCCGGUGCUGGCCCUCGCCUUCUCGCCCAGCGGGAAGUACCUGGCCUCUGCGGGCGAGGACCAGCGGCUGAAGCUGUGGGACCUGGCCUCCGGGACCCUGUUCAAGGAGCUGAGAGGCCACACGGACAGCAUCACCAGCCUCGCCUUCAGCCCGGACAGCGGCCUGGUGGCCUCGGCCUCCAUGGACAACUCGGUGCGCGUCUGGGACAUCAGGAGCGCCUGCAGCAGCGCGCCCGCGGACGGCUCCUCCAGCGAGCUGGUGGGUGUGUACACGGGGCCCAUGAGCAGCGUCCUGGGCGUGCAGUUCAUGGCCUGCAACCUCCUCCUGGUGACGGGGAUCACGCAGGAGAGUCAGGAGCACUGAGUUCUUACCUCGGGUGAAGUGAACUGGGCCGUGGCAGAAGGCCUCUUGCUACAGUCCUGGACACGCGGAGACCGAAUCGCUGAUGGACUGUGAAAGAGCCCCUCCCUCCCUGCUGGGCCCCCACCCUGCUGCGGGCCCGUGGGGCCCGUGGGCGGGCAGAGCCCUGGUGCCUGCGUGAGAGCUGAGAACGGCCGGCCCCAGGUCGGCUGUCGGCUCCCAGCACCCUCUGGACCGCCUGCUGCCCUCGCCUUCCUUUCUGGCCUGCCUUCUCCUCCUUGCCUGAGGACGGUCCCAGAGUGCCCUGCAGCAGCGGGGUAGUGUUGCCCGGCCACCUGAGGGCGGUCCCAGAGUGCCCUGCAGCAGCGGGGUAGUGUUGCCCGGCCACCUGAGGGCGGUCCCAGAGUGCCCUGCAGCAGCGGGGUAGUGUUGCCGGGCCCCCUCACGGGAGCUCCUCUUGGUGGAGGGGUGGGGAUGGGGCCUGGGGAAGAGGGUGAUCCUGGCAAAGUCUCUCCUUUUCCUUAGUGACAGAGAACCAGGAUUUUUAUUAUUGUUAUUAUAAUUAUUAUUAUUAUUAUUGAGAAGAGGAAAACGGGCACUGGCAGAGGGACCUUCUCUGCUUUUAUCUUUCAGGUUUGACUCCUGGCACAGGCUGUGAUACUGGGAAUUUUUAAGGUUCAGGGAACUCAGAGAAGGUGGCAGCACAGUGUCGGGAGAAGGGAAGUCUCCGCAGCCUGAUGUGCCAGGGCCUGUUUCUGGAAGCGGGUGGGGGCACUGGGCGCUGGCUCCGGGGGCCCUGGGAGGGCACGUCUUUUCUCGGCUGCACUUUGUCAGUGAUUCUCUCCCCUGAAGAGAAGAUUAUGGUGGGCUGGGUGUGACCCGGCCGCAGCCGCUUGCCUAGCAGGCGCAAGGCCCCGGGUUCAGUCCCCAGCACCAAAUUUAAAAAGAUUAUGACAAAAGAUAACUUGGAAUAAGUCACAAGACGUGGAGUCUCCAAAGGACCGUCUGUGGCAGUCGCCCUCCGCGUCUUCCUCCUGCAGCGCCCGCUCCGUGGGCACGCUGUGUCCAGCUGUGCUGAGGGCAGAGCGAGUUCUGAUGUGUGGGAAAGGGUUAAAUAUUUCUGUUUUCUGAAAAGAGUUAUUUUGUAUUUUGUUUUCUAUUAAAAUGUAUUUAGUUUC